UCGAAUGGUGAAAUAGCCGUGGAGAAGAAAGCCACUGCUGCUGAGCUCCGGUCUCCAAAGGAGUGGAAGGUUUCGCCAAACACCACAGGUCCCUCCUUUAUCCCUUCGCUUCUCCUAGUGCAGCUUCUUCCUUCUCACCCGGUUCCCGGUUAGCAAGGACGGGAAGAUGAGCACGUUAGACGCCACACGAGCAGAGCUCGGGCUUGUUGUUCUGUACUUGAACAAAGCCGAGGCCAGGGACAAGAUAUGCAGGGCGAUCCAAUACGGCUCCAAGUUCAUCAGCAACGGGCAGCCUGGCACGGCACAGGAUGUCGACAGGUCGACCACCCUAGCUCGCAAAGUUUUCCGGCUUCUCAAGUGGGUCAAUGAUCUGCAUGCUCUUAUCAGCCCUCCGGCUAAAGGGACUCCACUUACACUGGUCUUGCUUGGGAAGUGUAAAAAUGCGCUGCUUUCGACGUUCUUGUUCCUGGACCAAUUUGUAUGGCUAGGAAGAUCAGGGAUAUACAAGAACAAGGAGCGCACCGACCGGGUUGUCAGGAUAUCCCUCUACUGCUGGAUGGCUUCUUCAGUCUGUGCAGGGUUGGUUGAGCUUGGAGAGCUCAAAAGGCUAUCAAAAUCAAUGAGGAAGCUGGCGAGAGAGCUGAAGGAUGUUGACAAAUAUGAGAAUGACCAGUACCGGAGCAAGAUGAAGCAGUCGGAUGAACGGCUGCUUGCACUGGUGAAGGCGGCCAUGGAUGUGGUGGUGGCCGUAGGGCUUCUUCAGCUGGCACCCAAGAAGGUCACUCCAAGGGUAACAGGGGCAUUUGGAUUCGUUACCUCACUCAUUUCAUGCUAUCAGCAACUCCCAUCUCGUGCUCCAGUUGCCAAAGUGAAGGCAUGAUGGGUAUUUGCCGUUCUAAACCCAAAGGGAGACCAUCACUGGAAUCUACAUAUGUAACACUCGUGAGCAUGGAUUGUGCGAUAUUCUGUCUAUGAUCAUCAGUAUAGAAUGCUUUCAAUUAUACGUACGGUUUAUAGUUUCACAUAAUACCUCCUGGAUUGUAAUGAACAUGCUAUAUGUUCAGGCAUUUCUAGUUCUUGUACUCCUAUGUGCCAAUAUGGUUGCCAAUUUAUACUCACUGGAGCAUGUAUGCCCACAACUUGCCGAGCAUAUUGGCAGUACAAA